AUGGAUCGUAAUCAACAUCAAACUGCAAUUGUCGGAGUCGUGGCUUUAGUUUUAGCUUUUGGGACUCUUUGGAUUAAAAAAUUAGAAACUAGGAAGGAAAUUGCUUCUCGCCCUCGUGUGAAUCGAGAUUAUGAAAGAGAAAAUUAUAUUAAUAGUAUUUUAUAUAGUGGUGACCAGCAUUGUAUUGAUGUGAUAAGGAUGAGACCGAUAUCCUUUUUUAAUUUGUGUGAUAUUCUUAGUAGGAAUCAUUUGUUACAAUCAACAAAAUCUGUGAAUAUUAGGGAGCAAGUAAUUAUAUUUUUACAUAUAAUUGGUCAUAAUGUAAGGUUUCGAGUGAUUGGAUCUAGAUAUUAUAGAUCAACUGAGACAGUUCACCGUUACUUUAGGAUUGUAUUGAGAGCUAUUUUGAAAUUGUAUAGACUAGUUAUUAGAUUACCUGAUGAGUCAACUCCUAGUAAAAUUAGAAACAAUCCAAGGUUUUAUCCUUAUUUUAAAGAUUGUAUUGGAGCAUUAGAUGGAACUCAUAUUCGUGCAUCCGUUCCACUUAGCAUGCAAGGAAGAUUUCGUAGUCGUAAAGGGUGGACGACACAAAAUGUAUUGGCUGCCAUUACAUUUGAUUUGAAAUUUUCCUAUGUUCUAGCUGGUUGGGAAGGUAGUGCACAUGAUUCUCGUAUUUUAAGUGAUGCACUUUCACGUCCAGGAGGAUUAAGAAUUCCGGAAGGUAAAUAUUAUCUUGCUGAUGCUGGAUAUGGCAUCCGAAAUGGAUGUAUUACCCCAUAUCGUGGUGUCCGAUAUCAUUUAAAAGAGUUUGGUGCUGAAGGGCCUGAAAAUGCAAAGGAACUCUUUAAUCUUCGUCAUUUAUCAUUACGAAUCACUGUUGAACGUGUUUUUGGGAUUUUGAAGAAACGGUUUCGUGUAUUAGAUGCUGAACCAUUUUGGAAUUUUCAAACUCAAGUAGAUAUAGUUUUGGCUUGUUGUAUCAUUCAUAAUCAUAUAAUGGGAGUUGAUCCUAGUGAUUUACUUAAUCAAGGAUUAUACGAGGCGUCUGAGUCUGAUUUGAUAAUAUCAACUCUCACGGAGCGAUAA